UUUAAUUUUUGUGAUUUCAAAUCGAAGCCUACCGAAAAUUCGGUAUCGUUUCUGAUUGGCUGAUUGAGAAAAAUGGAGGAACAGAAGUUUGGAGAAGCUGUGAAAGUGUGUUUACAAAGGCGAAACUUGAAUUUUCAACUGAAAACUCUUCAGUUAUCGAUACUAAAAGACAUCGUUGUAUACAACAAAGACGUACUAGCGGUAUUACCAACAGGAUACGGAAAGACAAUUGUUUAUUCUCUCAUACCAACUCUUGUCGACGAGUUCAAAGACGUUUCAUGCACAGUGGUCAUUGUUAUUUCGCCACUGGUAGCGCUGAUGGAGGAUCAGGUUGUCAACAUUGAAGAGAGUGGGAUACGCUGUGUGUACGCUGGCAAUGCACAAACGCAAGAAACUCUGAAAGAACUGGAAAGUGGAACAGUUCAUAUCAUCAUGAUGAGCCCGGAGUCUCUUUUUCAUGGGGAAUGGAGACAGCUAUUUUCCACUGACAUAUACCAAUCCAGAGUAGCAGCCAUUGUUGUGGACGAAGCACAUUGCGUGGAACAAUGGGGAGAUGAGUUUCGCACAGAUUAUGGGAGGUUAGCAGAGCUAAGGAGCAUUUUGCCAUCUGCUAACAUGCUUGCAUUGACAGCAACAGCUUCACCAAGUUCCAGGUUGUCAAUAAUGAAAAAACUUUGCAUGGAGAAAGCAAAUGUCAUCGUUGGAAAUUGUGACAGGAAAAACAUACUUCUGAAUUGUGUUAAAGCACCUCGCGAAGGGAAAACUGCUUUUUCGUGGCUAAUUGAAUGCCUGAAGAUUCAAAAGCAACAAUGCCCAAAGACUGUGAUUUAUUGUCGCAGUAUUAAGUCAUGUUCAGUGUUGUUCAAACUUUUCGAUGAUCUUCUGAAAGACAAUGCAUAUUGUGGUGUUAAAUGUGCUAAAAACAGACUAUUUGCUAUGUAUCACCAUUCAACGUCAAACAAAUGCAAGAAAAUAGUCAUGAGUGAAUUCCCAAAACCUGAGAGUAAGAUUAGGGUAGUUGUUUGUACAUCUGCUUUUGGCUUGGGAGUUAAUGUUCCUGAUAUAGAUAUGGUAAUAAACUGGGGAGCACCAAGGUCUAUUGAGGAGUUUAUGCAAGAAUUUGGGAGAGGUGGUCGGGAUGGUAGGGAAGCCAUGUCCAUUUUAUAUUACCAUGGAAUGGACAUCAGCAAAACUGCAACAGAUGAUAAAAUGAGGUCAUAUGCAACUGCUGACACAUGUAGGAGAGCUCUAUUGGAAGAAUACUUCACACCUGAUGUUGCCAAAACUUUACCAGUACUUCCAAAACAUUUGUGCUGUGAUAUUUGUUUUCGUACAUGUGAUUGUUUAAAUUGUCCAACACUGCAUGAUGCCCUUCUUUCUGACUUGGAAGAUGAUAAUGCUUUGUGUUCCGUAGCCUCAAAAUGUGACUUAGUGAUUUGUCGUACUGUGGCUGAAUCGCAGCGCAUCCAAAUACAUGCACAACUUAAGGAGUAUAGAGAAACCUGUCUAGAGGAUAAUGUUCCAUCUUUACUGAAUGUUGGCAUUCUAACUGGACUGAGCAAUUCAUUAAUUGAUUCCAUUGUAAAUAAUGUUCACUAUAUAGGUAGUGUUGACGAUUUAUUGUCAGAGUACAUAUUUGACAGACAUCUUGCAAGAUCAGUGAUGGAUAUUAUUGAUGAAAUACUUGAUGAUUGAUUUAUUUACCAUAGUUUCAUUUUCAUCUGGCCCCAACAUUUAAUACAUGAUGAUGAAAUAACUGGUCUACAUUUAUUCCAGAUUAAUAUGUAAAGGGUCCAAGUAGAUGUUGAUUCAAAGUGCUUUAGAAGGUCUUUAUCUCUGAUAUAUAUGUAUACAGUAAACAGAGAAGUAACAUUGAUGAUUUUCAUAACUUCAGGUAUUAUUCCUGAUUGUACACCCCAUUUUCAUACAUGUGACACAAAGCACUGUCUCAAUAAACAUUCUUAUCAAAAAAUGUCUGUGUAUUGUUUGAGAGGCUUACAUUCCUUAUAUUGGGUUCGUACAUAGUUUGAUCUGGCCUGGAGGUUAUAAAACAUUUUGGAGCACAUUUUCAUACUCAAGCUCAAACUCAGUGCUCUAAAUCGUACUCAAAAGUGAAAGUUAUAAAAAAAAAUUAUAAAAUCAUACUCAAAUGGAGUCAUGCUCAAAUUUGUUCAAGUAUACAGGAAGUGUACUCAAAACAAACAUGGCUGAGUAUGAGUAUGGUACAAGUUUUAUAUUAUCUCCAGACCCGGACAUAAUUUUAGAACAAACAUCAGCAAGGCAUUUAAAUAUGCAAACUUAUUUACCCAUACAAAAGAACAAAAUGUAUUGUGGAUAUACAGCCAUUCUUUUUCAUAAGAGCAUAUUUUUACAGCAAAGCAAA